GGUACAGACCUGGUGUGUCUGUGCUUCCUUUUAGCUAUGGUUUAACUCCUCACCUUUUGGUUAGAUUUCAGGCUUUCAUCCAAAUGAACCAGAAGUCAGUUUUAAGACAAUUCUGGGACUAAACCAGAAGACUAAAAGAUAAAGGAGUUUUUCUUCUCUGCCUAGCUAUAAGACACUUUGCCUUGAUAAGAUCAGACACACAGAGGGACCACCUGCAGGAUUUUAUCUCUACAGACUGACUUAGCUGCUCAGGAACUUGAACGGCAAUUUCACAGAGAAACGUCACUAUGCCGACAGUGAAGAGCAAGAAGAAAAAAGUGAAGAAGGAUGUGAUAGAAGCAGAGGAACAGGGCGAAGUGGGGCUGGAGGUGGAGAUGGAGAACACGACCAACAGGAGUAACUCUGACAGCAGAGACCAUCUGACCCCAGAUCUGCAUGACACAGCUCCACACAGGAAGAAGAAAAAGAAGAGGGCAUCAACUAUUGAUCUGGAAACAGAACAUGGGGAUGUACCAAACGGUAAUAUGACCGAAGUGGUCGGGGAAGGAGAGGAAAUGACUGUUGCCGUCACCAGGAAGACAAAAAGGAAGAAGAAGGCGAAGGGAACAGAGCAUUACAGCAACGAUAUGGAAGCUGAAGUCGAGGAUAUCGUCACUGAUGCUCAGUCACCCAUUCCGCAGCAUUCCUUGUUUUCCGCCCCACACGGACACAGCCAGCCGGUCGGCAAGGUUUUUGUGGAGAGGAACCGGCGUUUCCAGGCAGACCAAGUGGAGCAGCUCAGACACUCAGAUCUCACAGACGACUACAUGGACUCCAGGCAGAUCUCGACCACAAGGGACAUCGCUUUAAAGGUUCACAACGGCUUCAGUAGGGUGGUUGGUCUGUUCUCCCAUGGGUUCCUGGCUGGCUACGCGGUGUGGAACAUCAUUGUCGUGUACGUGCUGGCAGGCGAGCAGAUGACCACACUGCACAACCUGCUCCAGCAGUAUCACCCUCUGGCCUACCCGGCUCAGUCUCUGCUGUACCUGCUGCUGGCCAUCAGCACGGUCUCUGCAUUCGACAGGGUCAACCUGGCCAAGACGUCCAUGGCCCUGAGAGGCUUCCUCACUCUGGACCCUGUUGCUGUGGCUUCCUUCUUGUAUUUCAUAGCCCUGAUACUGUCCCUCAGCCAGCAGAUGACCAGUGACCGCAUCAACCUUUACCCUACUGCCAAUGAGACCCUGUGGCCUCCAGGCUCAGAGCAGCAGAUCUUGCGGCCUUGGAUCGUGGUCAAUCUGGUGGUGGCGCUGUUGGUGGGCGUGGCUUGGGCAGUUGUGUCCACACGCCCAGACAUCGACUACACAGAAGAAAUUUUGAUGACGAUGGAGCUGGAGGGAUUCCCGAGAGGAGACGAAAACCUGGACAUCCCUGCCUAAAACCAGUUGUGUUGAAUAUCUGUCAGCAGGUGUAUUUGAUUUAUAAAUCAGUUGGUUAUUUAUUUCAUUAUUUUGUACAAGUAAAUAUGUAUCAACUGUUUAUUAAAUGUUAUUUUGUAAAUAAAGACAUGUUUAUGUACAGUAA